GGUACCAGGGUGCCGAACCAGUCCAGGACUGUUCCCUGCUGGCCCAGCCAGAAUCCCUGGGCCUGAGAAGCUCUGUUUCACGUAGGGGGCAUUGGCCUUGUGCUUCUUCUGCCUCCAGCACCCAGGACGGCCGCAGAUGGCAGUGUCUCUGGGGACGGCAGCUGUGACUAAGUCCACAGGCCGAUGCUGAACGGCUGAGCUGCUCAGGCUGCAUGGUGAGCUCAGUGCAGAGCCCUGGACCAGGCAUCCAUCUGCAGGGCGCGAGGGGCAGGGCGCCUUCAGACAUGUCUGUGCUUCAGAACAGCCAGUGAGGACCCUGGGGUGCAGGGCCGGGGCUCCGGGUGGAUGCAGGACUGGCAGGCAGCACCUCUCCCUCCCGUGGGUCACAGCCCUCCUCGCAGAGCCACCUGGAAGUAGGGGCACAAGAGGAAGAGGAGUUUGGAGACAGAGGUCCCAGAAGCUAGGGGUCAUUCCGUCCAACCCCUUCCUUUCCGUCCCAGAAGCCAAGGCGAGGAGGCGGAGGCCCAGAGAGGUUAGGCGCCUCGCCUGAGGCAAUGUGCUGGAGAGGGACCGAGCCAGAGCCAUCGGCCUCCAUCUUUGAUGCUGAGACCACUGCGAUGCCGCACUUCCUGGACUGGUUCGUGCCUGUCUACCUGGUCAUCUCUGUCCUCAUCCUGGUGGGCUUCGGCGCCUGCAUCUACUACUUCGAGCCCGGCCUGCAGGAGGCACACAAGUGGCGUAUGCAGCGCCCUGUGGUGGACCGUGAUCUCCGCAAGACACUGAUGGUCCGUGACAACCUGGCCUUCGGAGGCCCGGAGGUCUGAGCUGAAGGCUCGGGGCUGGGGCUUGGGUAUGGGGCACCGUCCCCAGCCCCGCCCAGCCUGGAGACCCUGGGGCAAAGGGAGGGUGACCUCUGUACCUCCAGGCCACCCCUCCCAGCAGUCCCCCCGUGUGCUUGGGGCAGACCCUGGCUGUGGAAAAUGGGGCACCUGGGUGCCUUGAGGCACUGCUGCCACUGGCAGUCUCGGGACAUCCCCCACCGCCGCCAGUGCCUUUGUGCUGCUUAGCACUCUGCCCCGCCCCCACCUGGUGUCCAGAGCCUGUGGUCUCCCGUUUCCCCACCAAGUCCCCAGUUACACUCAGAUCCCCACUCCACCCAAGGGCACCGACCCCGCACCUUCCUGUGGCUGGCUUCCAAGCUGACCCAAGGGAAGGGCCCCACCUGGAGGGAGGUCAGCUUGGUCCAGACCAGCCCCCACCCCUGGGCUCAGACUUGACAUUGGUGUGCGUGGAGGGGUGUGAGAGCGGCCAGACCAUGGGGGAAGGAGGUGUGUGUGUGUGUAUGUGUGUGUGUGAGAGAGAGAGAGAGAGAGAGAGUCUGGGGAAAGCGGGCAGACACGUGGAGGGGAGGGGAUGUAUGUCUGAGAAGGGGAUGUAUGUAUGUACGCCCCAGGCAGAAGGUGUGCAGCCGAGGUGAGCUCGGUGCACAGUCCGGGGUUGGCCAGCAGCAGCUCCCUGCCCCACCUCGCCUCUGCCCUUCCUCCUGAGC